CCUGAAGAUGCAUCGUAUAUUUCUGUUCCUGAACCUUUGGCUGACCCCUUUAUUUAUUCAAGCAGUCCCUUCAUCACACAUCAUCCAGCGUUUCCCGCGGCGUGUGCUGCCGGGAAGGGCUUUGCAGGGCAACGAGAGCUAUGAUGGCAGCUGCACCUGGACAGAUUGCGCCAAGUGGUACCUCCUGUCGGCCUCAGUGGUCUUCCGACCCACGGUCACGCCUUUGGGCGUCUCAUCCCCCCAGUCACUCAUCCUGCCGCUGGACGAACUGGACGAGCUCUCAAGCUCUGAGUGUGGCCCGUGCGAUGCUGACGCCGAGGCGCUCAGCAGGAUGACAGUCAAGAUAGGCCUGAUGAACGAGACUGAGGCGACAAUCUUUGGGACGGAUCUCUGCUCGGUGUCGUUCAUUGUGUGCAUCCGAUUACCUGAUGGGGCUGAGGGAUAGUAAGCACCAGUGACCCCACACAUAAGCCACACCCCCAAUGACCUCUUCCUCUUGUUUCCUCCUCUUUGUUUCCAGUCUCUUUCUGCUGUGGGGGAAUCACGAGGGAGGGCAGGUGACGGAGUGGGUGGUGUCGUUGAGGAAAAGGGUACCAUUUCCAGCCGAUGUCUAUGAGCUGAGAGCAGUUCUCGGUCUGUGGAUUACCAGUGUGCCUUUUGAGGGGCAUUUGACGGGCCAAAUAGGCGAUUUGGCAUCACUGCGGCUUCUGUAUCUGCGGCGGGUGAGGAGAGGACGGACAAGGAGAGAAAGAUGAAUAUUGAAUGUGUGUAUGUGCAUGUCUCUCAGACAUACCUUGAAGGCAGCAUUCCCUCAUCGAUCAGCAGGUUAACUUCUCUCAAGGCUCUGGACCUCGCAGGCUCAUCGCAAAAGGGAAAAAGCUUCUCAGGACCACUGCCGGACCCCCGUCUGGAAUCCCUCGAGCUGGUUUCAAUCACCGACACCGAAUUCAGUGGAUCCUUCACAGACGACCAGAUCGUCAGGCUGCAGCAGUUGAAGUAUUUGACACUCGAGCGGCCCGGCCUGCUUCUUGAGACCAUCCCUACCACUCUUAGCUACAACUUGACGUCCUUGGUGCUCAAGAAUGUUGGCCUAUCUGGCCCCAUGCCGGCGUGUCUGGGAGGCAUGACGAAUCUCGAGACCCUCGAUUUGCAAAACAACGGCAUUCAUGGAUCCAUUCCGGAGUUCCUUAACAACCUCACGCACCUGAAACACCUGAGGCUGCAGAACAAUCGACUGAAUGGCAGUCUCCCGGAAGACUUCGGAUCCACGUGGCUGCAACUUGAAGAGUUGGAGCUGCACCGGAAUGAGGUGAGGCCAGAAACACAAAUGAGGCAAGAGACACAAGAUCGCGAGCUGAUUGUUUCUGGUUGCCUACAGCUGUCAGGGCCUCUGCCUGUGGCGCUCGCAAAGGCGGUAAACGUGUGUCGCAUCGACCUCCAUGGCCAAGGGGAGGUGGACCGAGGCUUCUCCGGCGGCCUUCCGCCAGGGUGGGGCUCGCUGACAAAGCUGGAGCACCUGAACCUGAAGGAUAACAAUCUCACCGGCACCAUUCCUGGACAGUGGGCCAGCUUGGUGGAAUUGCAGGGACUGAAUCUUGAGCGAAACCAUCUAUCUGGGACUCUGGAUGCUCUUGGGUCGCUUCGGAAACUGAUGACACUGCACUUGAGCCAUAACAUGGUCCGACACGAGACCGAGUCAGAUGAAAGAACACACGAGGGUAUGGCUCCGGUUCGCAAGGGCACACAGCGGCCGUGCCUCUUUGUGUGUGCCUCUGUAGUUUGAAGGACCGGUGCCUGACGGGUUGGGCGGAUGCAAAGGCCUGGAAGAGCUCAUCGCCGACCACAACCAGUAACCAUCUGACAAUCGUCAUCACACAAGGCGUCCACACCCUGCCUGAGCACUGUGUCUCCUCGAUGCAGCUUGACGGCCCUCCCAGCGUCGCUUGAAAACUGGACAAAUCUGGAGAAACUCUCGCUGAGCAGCAAUGAGCUCGGCGGCACGCUGCCGUCUCUGGAGCCUCUCGCAUCACUAAGAAGGCUCGACCUGAGCUACAAUCGCAUAGAAGGAUUCAGAGGCAACGGAUCAGUACUAGACACGUAAAAAGAAUAGCAUGGUGUCUUGUGGACGCGUGUUACUCUCUCGGCAUUCGGUGCGUGUGUCUCAAUCAGGCUAGAGUACAUCAACCUGCACAGCAACAAUCUGCACUUCGUUCCGUCGUCCUUCAAUCGCCUUCUUCGUGUAAAAGAGCUUUAUCUGGGCAACAACAGCUUUGACUUCUACACCUGGCCAGAAUGGUUCGAGACGGCCCGGGGAUACUGCUCGGACAAUCCUCACAUAAGUAUGUGUACAAGCAGGACUGAAGCACCUAUGUUGUUGACACUCUGAUCAUUUUAUUGCUUUGCCUCAGCAACAUUGUUUGUUGCCAAUGAGUUGUUGGCUGUGUUGCCGCCUCCCGACUGGCCCCAGAUGCGGAAAAUCGACCUUUCACACAAUCCGCUGGGCGUGGAAGUCACAGACUUUUUACAGGCCUUUCGAGCUAUGCCAAGGUGAGCGAGACACAUACAUUUGCGGAUGCAAUGCAUUGAUUGUCUGUUGUCCUAUGCAGUUUGACGCAUCUCAACUGCACUGGAUGUCAGCUAACAGGCGCACUAACGUGCGAUCUCCUGCAUCACUUCGACAUGAAAGAAGUGCGAGAAUGGGUGGCCAGCCGGCCAAACGCCGACUGGAAUGGCUCCGUGGUAAGCGCAAGAGAAGAUACACACCAAAAUGUCUCACGAUAAGCUGGCUAUCUCUUUUCUUACUCGUGCUGAAGCAGGGCUUCGUGUCUUCGACAGAGAGCUUUGAAGCCCUUUCAUCAACCGGCAUCCUCACCCUUGCUUCCAACAACAUCACAGUAGUAGAUACGAGCGGUGAGCCGCUUAGCAAACUCGCCCGCGCCAUCGACCUUCGCGACAACAUGAUUGAGAGAUUUGCCGUGACGGACGAUGAAGCGGGCGAUUGGGCGUGGCCAGCACACCUCGACCUGAGAGACAACCCACACCUGAGAUUGUUUGUCAACACAACCAUGCAGAUACGGGUCAGUGACGAAGCAGAGAGACUUUCUGUGACAAGACAUCCUUUUUCUGUGUUUUGUAGGGAUGCUCUGAGCUGGUGAUGCUGCGUGGCCAGCGUGACAUUUCCAAGGGGCAUGCGCUUGUUCGUGAUCCGAACUGGCCCGACAUAAUGCGUAAGCAGGCGGAGCAGACGGCAAGACAGUAUGCUGUACUUGCCUUGUGUGCUGAUCACGUGUCCACCUGUGGUCGUAAGGCAGCUGAGGAGGUGGAACAAAUGGGGGGAUCGCAAUGCUCGCGCGUCUGUCGCACUAUCGCUGACGUUCAGGUGAGGUGAGUCAGCCAAGAUGAUCCAUGUCUCGCGCUGCAUAUCUCUUGGCGCAUAGGUCGACGAGAGCGUCAACAGAUCGGCAUUGUGUCGAUGUGUCCCUGGAUAUGCCGGUGAGGGCCGCAACUGCACAAUGUGCCCGCCAGGUACCUACUCCAACCACAGGGUCAACACGACGCAAUGCCACCCAUGCCCCGUCGGAUCGAGUAAGGACAAACAUGAAUACAUGCAAGUAAAACUCCAGAGACACAGCGCUCUCCCUUUAUUUGAUUCCUUGCAGCGUCGGACAUGGGUGCUGGUUCGUGCUACUGCAUUGAGGGAUAUUCAAUGAACAACUUUGAGCAGUGCCAGCCGUGCCAGUCGGGCAAUUACGGCAGCCUGCCAGAGGAGGGCGCGGCGGUGUGUCUCGCCUGUGGCCUAAAUUUCCUGUCUGAAGAGGGCAGCAUUGGGCAGGAACAAUGUUACUGCAGAAAAGGAUACAUCAGGUCGGCUGUCUAAGUGUGCACCCAGGCAAAUGGGCGUGCAAGAGAAUGUGCACCACUUCCUUUCACAGGGACUCUCAGAGGCCGAUAUGCGAAGAGUGCAUCGAGGGCAUCAAGUGUGACGAGCCGAUUGUCAACAGUUCAGUGGUGCCGAUGGAGCGGGAGUACUAUCAGCUCACCGUCACACGGGACAACGUCAGCAAUGGGAUGGAGACGACAACGUGAGGCCAUUGCACAUCACACUGGACAGGACAGUCAGGCAGAUUGGCGUCUUUGCAGGUAUGCCGCCACGCUGACAAAUUUGCCUGUGGUCAUCCACUGUCCGUUCAAGAAGGCCUGCCUGGGAACGGAUGAAGAAACGGGACUCACCAAAUGUGCGGUGAGUGUCCCCUCCGUCGGACUGAAGAACAAAACGACAGCCUUCCUCUCGUGCAGGAUGGCCACCAGGGAUUUGUGUGCGGCGUGUGCAAGGACGGAUAUGCGAGACAGGGCCCACAACAGUUCUGUCUUCCCUGUGAACUCGGGCUGAACAUUCUGGCUGCGAUUGGACUCAUCGUCGUGUCCUUUGCGGCUAUCUUUGGCCUCACAUAUUUUGCUGAGAGGUGAAUUACUUCCCCACACACACUUGUGAUCUGUCCGCUCCUCUCUCCAUUUGUGCUAUUGUUCUGUCUCCAGGGCUGGGGCGAAGUCAAGAGAUGAUGUCAUCAGUGUGUUGCUGAAGCUUGGCUUAAACCAUCUCACAUCGGUACAUGGCCUGUGUAUCAUGAUUCUGUCAGCCCUCUAAUAUCUGACAGAUAAGCGUGUUGGCGUCGUUGGUCCUGACGAUGUCUUACGAUGACGACCGCUUUAGUGUCGUGCUGUCGACCUCCUCGCGAUGGUUUACGUGGGAUGGGGGCCUGCCUUUUGCCUACGCGUCGUGGGACUGCAUCAUCCGGCUUGUACGAUCCGACAUGAAGAGAACCGCCGUGCUGUGGAGACACGCCGUGUGGAUCGCUAUCCCACUGGUGUGUCCGGACCAAAAUGGAUACACAGAAAGACAGUCAUUGUGGCUGCAUUGUGUGUCAAUCAGGUUUGUCUCAUUAUCAUCCCCAUUAUCGGCGCACUCGUCACGUGGUGUUCGGGCUGGUUGAGACGCUGCUGUCGAUACGGCUUCACGCGGCCGCCGAAUCUCUAUGUAUCUCCACAGAGACAAGCUGAAGGCCAGUUGCAGUCCGAGGCGCCGCGCGUUCUGCGUCGGGGCUGGGGAGUGUGGAUGAAGAGCUUUCUGGAUGAGAGAGCCGCCCUUCUCAUCAUCAUACUGACCUUCACGCACCCCACGGUCACAAGGAAUAUGUUGAUGCUGCUGCGAUGCCGACCGUAUGUAUAUCUUGACGACGCCAACCAGCUCACAAUGAGAUCAAGGCCGGAUGUCAAUCCAGAUUUGUUGUGCGGCGAGUGGCCGCACGAGUUCUUUCGCCUGCUCGGCAUUGCUGGCUUGAUUCUAUGGAGCUUUUCGCCUGUCAUAAUUGGUGUGGUGUUGCUGUCCUGCAUUCACGACCAGCUGCGCUCGCCCAAGAUGCGCAUGGUGAGCGAUCGGUAGACACGCAAUCCGGCUGAAAGAGAUUGCCUUUGCUUUUCUUUUCCUGCAACUGUCUUCUGCGUCUGUGCCUUUAUGUAGAGGUUUGGCUUCCUCUACCAGGUAAGGCUGACAGGAGAGGACAACGGGUGUGAACUCUGAGAAAACAAGUGCAACUAUACGUCGGUUGAUGUGUGCCUCCGCCCUGCAGGGGUAUAAGAGAGCAUAUGCCUAUUGGGUAAGAAUCCUCCCUUGUUCUUGCACUCCUCCCAGCCAAACGGCCUACUUUUUAUUUCCUCUUCCCUUCUGUGUGCUACGCAGGACGCCGUCUUUGCUCUGAGGUUUCCCAUUAAUGGAUAGAUAGUCUUCAUUUUCAUUAUUUCUUCUUGUGUGUCGUAUGCAGGCGCGUCAUGGUGCUUCUGGUCUCCCAUAUGGCCGUGGGUGAGCCGGGCCUCCAGCUUGUUGGGUGGAGCAUCAUCGCGAUAUUCUGUCUGACCAUGCAUCUGCUCGUAUUGCCGUUCGACCAUCGACACAUGGACAUGUUGAAUCGCAUAGAGUCGCAGGGUCUCGUCGUCUGGCUCACAUCGAUCAUGCUGCUGUCAGUGAUCGUCGAGAGCCAUGCUCCUGACUGGGCUAGCGCUUUGCUGCUGUUGCUGGCGAUGCUCCUCAACCUCUACCACUACUUCUGCCUCUUGUCGCUAAUUUGCUAUCAUGGGCUAUCGCAAGUCGCUGAGAAGAAGGACGAGCUCUCGACACGCCUCACGACAAUCGGGACUAAGUUCGGUGAGAUAUGGCCUUCUAGACCGUGAUUUCGCAUGGUCUUUCGCCGCCCUUCUUGUCUCUUUCUAAAUCAGGCGUGACAGCUGCCUCUUGGCUCUCUAUGCCGCAAUCCACAGUCCUCACCAUGCCGGCCGUCACGUGGCUAUCAAGUCUCCUCGCCUGGCACGCUCAGCGAGACGAGAGACGGCGGAUGAUGUUCGGGAAGGUCUGGCUUGACUGGGACACAGGCAGGCUCAUGUGGGUCGAAGAAAGGCGGGACACCGUCCCGUCAAGCUCCCCGUCAUCGAACGAGUUUCACAGCAACAGCAAGAGGCGUCACGGGGGCCGUUGCUGUCGGAUUGUCGGUUUCGUAAGGUCUCUGUGGCUCGGCAGCAGCAGCGAGCGACGGUUGGUGAGGAAAGGUGUGCUGGUGUCGCAAAUGCUGAGUGCGGCUAUGGAAGAGGCGAUUGAGCUCCUGAAGAUCAAAGAUGUAAGACGGCUACGUACACAACCUUAGUAUGUAUCUCGAUCGUGUGUGUCUCCUGUAUGUAUCUGUCUGUUCUCUUCUUCUUGUCAGGUGCCCCCAGAUUUUCUGGACUUUCUGUGGUCGUAUUGCUUUGUCCUCCACUCGUCAUCUGCGGAGAAAAAGGUGACAUGACAGCAACACUACUGGGAAAUCAAGAAUUCGCACUGUUUGGGCCAUUUCUGCACAGCUCAAGAAGGAGUCAAUCGCGCCUCGACACCGGCCACCCGAAGGUCCGCCACCGGCUCGUCGGAUCGCGUUUCCUGAUGCAUUUGUGCGUGCAGAUGGCAGUCGAGAGUUUUCUGUUGUCGAGAGCCUGCCCAGCCAAGUCCUCAGUCAGAUGACCGAGCAGGCCAGGAGGGUGGACAUGCACUCUUUCUGGUCAAGGGGCCUCACGGCAUCUGAGGAGUCUUUCAUCGCCUGCGGAAGGUGAACGGUCGUCCAUAUGUACACACGCACACACAGACAAAGACACCGAAUACACAUAAGGAAAUAUGUGCCUAUUUACCAUUUCUCAAGCGUCGCUGCCGACUGGGCAAGGAGCGGCAUGACGCUGCAUGACCUACAGGUCAGAGACACGCCUGAUAACUCUCUUCUCUGCCUGUCCACAUGGCCGUACGUCUCCCCUCCCUCACCCACCUCAGUCGAAGCUGCUAUUGGUCGUGGACGAGCUGGUCACGCGCCAGCAUGACUACGAGGAAUCGAUUCGCCGCAGGGCCAGGACGAAACAGCACAUCAGGAGCCUUUCUGUGGCCAAUCUGAUGACAUACCACUCCAGCAGUGGCAGCCUGGAGGCCCACGACCAUGUGGGGGGCUGGCGAGAGCUGUACUGGACGUACCAGAGGGCCAAACAGAAGAUGAGACACGCCGAACCACCGAAUGUAAGUAUACAAAACAGAUGCACGUCUACGCGAGAGUGCUGUCGCUUCUUGUUGUCUUUAGCUCCAAAUUCAGAUGAAUGGUCGUGAAGACGGUGCUGUCGUGGAAAGGCCCGAUGCUCAUCUGGAAAGGAUUGUGACGGCAGAUGUGUCAAAUGUGAGCGACGAAGAUGAGGGGGUUGACGCCAGGGUGCAGUCGUUUUCGGUGCAUUCAUGAGGCGGGUGGAUGCAUCGACGAUAUGCGAGGGACCGACAGCUACAACGGACACCAUGAGGCCUUUUCUGUCAUGUGUGGACACAGCGACGUGUAGUUCUGUCGCGGCCCAUGCAUGUUGACUGCUGACCUGUGUUGCGGCUGGUGUAACGAAUGUAUGUGUGUAAGUGUGUGUGAUGCGUGACGGGUGGCAGGCGUGCGGACA